UAAAUCCCUCUACCUUCUCUCGCUCUUUGGGCAGCUAGCAGCGCCGUGGCACAACUCGAAACUCGCGACACCUGAAAGCACCACCUGCAAUAACCAAUUUGAACUUUUCAGGCGGACUCGGUUCUCAAGAAGCGAACCCCCCUACCCCACUCAGACACGAUGACUAGCUACCACAAGCCCGACGAGAAAACCCUGCAGGGGCUGAAAGACAUCGCCAACAAGCUCAGGAUCCUCUCCAUCAAGGCGACAUGCGCCUCCAACUCUGGUCACCCAACAUCAUGCUGCAGUAUGGCAGAGCUCAUGUCUGUGCUUUUCUUCAACACUAUGCGCUACAAAGCCGAUGACCCUCGCAACCAGUGUAACGACCGCUUUGUGCUCUCAAAGGGCCAUGCUGCACCUAUCCUCUAUGCUGUCUGGGCAGAGGCAGGUUACUUGAAGGAGUCCGAUCUGCUCAACCUUCGUAAGAUCGAUUCUGACCUGGAGGGUCAUCCCACUCCAAAACUGCAGUUUGUUGAUAUGGCCACAGGAUCUUUGGGACAGGGUCUUGGUGCUGCCUGUGGGAUGGCCUAUACCGGCAAACACUUUGACAAAUCCAGUUACCGUGUGUACUGCAUGCUGGGUGAUGGAGAGUGUGCAGAGGGCUCUGUGUGGGAGGCCAUGUCCUUUGCCUCUCACUACCAGCUGGACAACUUGGUGGCCAUCAUCGAUUGUAAUCGGCUCGGUCAGAGUGAGCCCACAUCCCUGCAGCAUGACACGGAGACCUACCGCAAACGCUGUGAGGCCUUUGGGUGGAACACAUAUGUUGUGGAUGGACAUGAUGUGGAGGAGCUGUGUAAAGCUUUCUGGCAGGCUCAGCAGGUCAAGGGCAAACCCACUUGCAUUGUAGCCAAAACAUUAAAGGGCAAAGGACUGAAAGAUAUUGAGGAUAAUUUGAACUGGCAUGGAAAGCCCAUCCCUAAGGACCGGGCUGAGGCCCUCCUUAAGGAACUGGAAUCUUUGAUCCAGGUCCCGAACAAGACCUUGUGCCCUGAGCUGCCUAAGGAUGAUGCAGCACCUGCAGACCUUAGCCCCAUCUUGCUGCCCUCACCCCCAGCAUACAAAAAGGGAGACAAGGUGGCCCCAAGGCGUGCGUACGGUGUGGCACUGGCCAGGCUGGGCCAGUCAAGCCAGAGAGUGGUGGCCCUUGAUGGAGACACCAAAAACUCCACCUUCGCUGAGACCUUUAAGAAGGCCUUCCCUGACCGCUACAUCGAGUGCUUUAUCGCUGAACAGAACAUGGUUGGAGUGGCCAUGGGCUGUGCCACCCGUGACCGUACGGUUGCAUUUGCCAGCACAUUUGCUGCCUUUCUUUCCAGAGCCUAUGACCAAAUCCGUAUGGGUGCCGUCUCCCAGACAAAUGUCAACCUGGUCGGGUCCCACUGCGGCGUCUCCAUUGGUGAGGAUGGCCCUUCCCAGAUGGCUCUAGAGGAUUUGGCCAUGUUCCGUGCUAUCCCAACAUGCACUGUAUUUUACCCCAGUGAUGCAGUGUCCACAGAGAGAUCUGUCGAGCUGGCUGCAAACACAAAGGGUAUGUGUUUCAUCCGAACCAGCAGACCAGAUUCUGAAGUCAUCUACUCUCCCGAUGAGAAGUUUGAAGUGGGUGUAGCCAAGGUAUUGCGCCAGUCUGACAAGGAUCAUGUCACUGUGAUUGGAGCUGGUGUGACUCUGCAUGAAGCCCUUGCUGCUGCUGACAUGCUGGCAAGUGAAGGGAAGAACAUCCGUGUGAUCGACCCGUUCACCAUCAAGCCCCUUGAUGCCUCUACCAUUCUGACGAGUGCGAGAGCCACAGGGGGACGCAUCAUCACUGUGGAGGACCACUACAAAGAGGGUGGUCUUGGUGAAGCAGUCCUGUCAGCAGUCGGCGAAGAACCCGGCAUUGUUGUGACUAGGAUCGCAGUGACCGGGAUUCCCCGCAGCGGAAAGCCCCAGGAGCUGAUGGACCUCUACGGCAUCAGCGCCAAGCACAUCGCCAACGCUGUGCGCCAGACCUUUGCAAACUGAGGACUGUGACUGACUACCUGGAGAUGAUCUCAUGAAGACCAGUAAACUGAUGUGUAUUUAAGUGCCCGCUUGUGGCUUUCACAUAGUGCAGCAUACUAAUCCUGCAUUAUUACUCCACUGUGUGCACCUGUUGUUCUUCCGUAACAUUCCUUUGUUGUAUCCUGAUAAAUUGUCAAAAUGCUGUCUGGCAAUUUGGCUCAGACAGAAGCAUCACUGAAUACUAUAAACAUUGUUCAUUCACUGUCAUACCAGCACCCUCUCCAGAUUACCAUCCAUUUUCUGUUUCACAUUCCUUACAACCAUGCCUCAUGUCUUCUCUCUUUGCUUGAAACAGUUACUGUUUAUCAUAAUCUUAAUGUACUUUAUAACUUUUUUCUAGUUGUGUGCAGUCAGACUGUAGCGCUUGUAUUAACAGUUUUCUUCAGUCCCAUUGUUAAAAGCUUAUCUGGUUUAGUCAUGAACUGUUAACUGAGCAUUCCUCCUAUGAUUCCUGGCUACGUGGCUGUCACACAAUGUUACUGGCGCUCUAGGUCUACAGUGUCAUCCCGUUUUUGCUGUGAUGUGCUGCAUUAAAAGUACAGAAACACAA